UCCUCAGUCUGUUUAAAACUAUCGUCGAUCAUAGUCGUGUCCGCCGUGUUUUUCUAAAAAUUUCUCUCAGGGAGAACACAAAAAUCCACAAUUAAAUUUUAAAUUUUUUAUUUGAAUCUAUUGAUAGAUAGAGAGAGAGAGAGAGAGAGAGAGAGAGAGAGAGAGAGAGAGAGAGAGAGAGAACAUAUAAAUAUUGACAAUGAGUAAAAGAAUCAUGGGUAUAAAUAAUAGAUCGGUUAUCUCUCCUCUCAGAAUGUCUUCUGGUACGCACGGUGCGGGUGGUGUCAGUUGCUGCUGUUUCAGAUGUUGCACGUGCAUACAUAUAGAAUUUUUUAAAUCCUUACCAGGAAUUGUAAAAAUUAUGGAAACGAUGAUCAGUGGAUUAAUACAAAGCUUGCUCAUCAAUUAUGGUUUAAAAUAUAGUUCAUCUAUUGGUUCAGCUUUUGAGGGAUCAUUGACCGCGGCAUCUGCUUGCUUCCUAACUUCUGCUUUAUUACUUGCUUGUUACACAAUUUCUGAAAAGACUUACAGAUUAAUUCGAUCAUCAUUGUUUGAGAUAAUGUUCAACUCUUUAGCCUGCUUCCUGUAUUUAAGCUCAGCAUCCUAUUUAGCAUUUGCUACAAAAUUAUACCUAAUGCCUGAGUAUUAUGUGAGACCCGGUUUCGACGUUUAUCCUGCUAUGACAGCUGUUUAUAUCUUAAGUGGUAUUGUGGGAGUAUUGCAUGGAGCAGAUGCAUAUUUAUCCUUCACACAUUACAAAACUGGAAGAUAAAUUAUGAUAUUAUGCCAACAGUAUAAUUUUGUGAAUAAAAGUGACAAUUAUAU